GCGCGGACCAUGCGGCCCCUCGCGACGCUGCUGCUGCUGCUGCUGCUGGCGCUGUGGGCGCCGACGGCGACCCGCGCGACGCUGCCGCUGCUGCGCCGCGACGCCAGCCCCUACAAGCGCUACAGCGGGCUGCGCGCGCGCGCCGACUCGACGCUGCGCGUGCUGCUGCACGACCAGACCGUGGCCGUCGUCGAGGCGGGCCCCGACGGGCGGCUGCUCUCCUGCGAGUUCAUCGAGGUCUACAAGCCGGAGGAGGUGGCCGACGCGCUGGCCAGCCUGCGCAACGUGUCGUCGCGGCGCGAGGACGUCUCCUUCGCGGACAUGACGGCACUGAUGGCGCGCUGCGACGCGCUGGGCGCCGCUGACGACGACGACGCCGCCGCUGGAGACGAGGACCGAGGCGCGCGCACCUUCGGCUCGCUCUCCCUGCUCAGCGGCAUCCUGCCAGGCACCAAGUGGUGCGGCGUGGGCGACCUCGCGGACAACUACCACGACCUGGGGCUGGACGCGAGCGCCGACAGGUGCUGCCGCGCCCACGACAUCUGCCCCGUGAAGGUGCGCGGCCGCGACACGCGAUACAACAUCACCAACAACGGCAUGUUCACCAGGUCCCACUGCGAAUGUGACAAGCGUCUGUACCAGUGCCUCAAGGCGGCAAGGAAGCGAUCCGCAGACUCUCUGGGAACCGUCUACUUCAACAUCCUGAGAGGGCAGUGUGUGGACGAGGUGGAUCCGAGCUCGUGCUCGGCCAGCGAUUGCAGCCUGACGAAGAGGUUCCGUCGCCUCCGCAUGCGGUACUGACACAAUCCCGGCAGACUCGAUGACGAUCAUUUGUCGGGAUCCCCACGAGCUAAUGUCAGCUCUCGUUACUUAUUUAUAGUGUGUGUGUCUGUGUUAAAUAAAGCUUUGUUGAAUGUCUUUUAUACAAA